CAAAAGAAAAGAAAAGCAAAACAUUGGAAGGAUACGGUUUUUGAAUUAUCUCUCCGCCCCCUCUUUCAUUUCUUCUCUUCUCCGGCAGCCUCUCUCUCUCUCUCUCUCUCUCUCUUCCAUUCGAGACUGUCGGGAUCUCUGUAUUUAUUUAAUUCAGAUCCCUUAUUUAUUGAUUGAUUGAUUUAUUUAUUUCGUUGGCAAUAUUGAGAAAUGGGUGCGUACAGAGCCGAUGAUGAUUACGAUUAUCUGUUCAAGGUGGUGUUGAUCGGCGACUCUGGCGUUGGAAAAUCCAAUCUCUUGUCCCGUUUCACUAGAAAUGAAUUCAGCCUUGAAACCAAAUCAACGAUCGGCGUUGAGUUUGCCACCCGUAGUAUUCGUGUUGAUGAUAAGAUCGUCAAGGCUCAGAUUUGGGACACCGCCGGCCAAGAAAGGUACAGAGCGAUCACAAGCGCAUACUACCGAGGAGCGGUGGGGGCAUUGAUAGUAUACGACGUGACACGACACGUAACAUUCGAGAACGUGGAGAGAUGGCUAAAGGAGCUAAGAGGGCACACAGAUCACAACAUAGUGAUAAUGCUGGUGGGGAACAAGGCAGACUUGCGGCACCUGCGGGCAGUGUCGACCGAGGACGCACAGGCAUUCGCCGAGAGAGAGAGAACAUACUUCAUGGAAACCUCAGCCUUAGAGUCCUUCAACGUCGAGAAUUCCUUCACCGAAGUCCUCACACAAACCUACCGCGUCGUCAGCCGGAAAAUCCUCGACAUCGGCGAUGACCCCACCGUCCUCCCCAAGGGACAGACCAUCGACAUUGGCUCCAAGGAUGAUGUCUCCGCCGUCAAGAAGGCCGGCUGCUGUUCUUCAUAGCAACCCUCCCCCUCCCCCACCACACCACUUCGGCAGUCCCAAUCU